AUGCCCUGGAACGAAAACAACGAUCACCCGCUCGUUGUACGCGAAGACACUGCAGACAUUGAAUGCAGUAGCGCGACAGUCUCUGCUGCUGAACAUCAACAACAAGGCAUAGAAUGCUGUGAGUCUCGCCAAAACAACACACCCUCCGCCAUGCUCUGUUCGCAUGUGAGGUUUCGCUCGGGAACUGCUCGUAUUCGAUCAGGGUUGUCAAUAGCAAGUGCUUUCAUGUUUGUUGCUGCCCUGAUGUUGGUGGCUAAAGACGCCCUAGUAGAGGAUACGUCCUCAACCGGCAAGCGUGUGAUGCUGCAAGGGGAUGGGGCAUUGAUGGGCUCAGCUCUCAAGGACGUACAGCAGCUGUACAAAUCGAAUCCCAAGAUGAUCGAAGAAUGGGCUAUGCUGACAGGCAACAAGGGAGAGGCUCUACUCCAUCUCCUGCAAUCGCAAUCAAGGCCUCGUGCUCAGAGGGACGUGAAUAUUCGGCGGGGAACAUCCAAAUUGAACCAAUACCUCCACGAGCUCAAGCUCGCCAGCGAGGAGGAGAGGAGGGCCAGUGAAAGUCGGAGCAGCGCGAUGAGGGAAGGGAGAAAGUCCCUGAGCGUCCAGGAGCCGGUCGAGAAGCAUACGGCAUGGAUUCUCGUCAACGAUCUCUCACGAGAAUGGGAUCGGAAUGCCAACUACACAAGAACACCAUGGGAAUUCUGUGCCGGGAGAGACUUGAGUGGGAGGCAGCUGAGAGACUGUGUGGAACACUUGAUGCGUGCUGUCGGAGUCAAGUACCAUCGAGAUCUGAACAUGGACUCGAAGUUGUAUGACGACUUCUGCUCGCAAACUGGCCACACCAUCCUAGACAAGCACGGCUCUCCUACUCCAAUCCCUCGAGGAACAAGGAGGAAAUGCAUUCAGAUCACCAUGUAUAAGACCAAGAGGAACAGAGUGACAGGCGCUUUGACGCCCCCUGCUCAUGAGCUCAAGGGCUCGCACGGUAUCGACUGCUCAGUCAUCCCUGAUGGCUGCUGA